UAAAAUUUGGGUAAUCUAACCAUACCUUACGUUCUUCAUUGGUGAAAAAUGGAGUGCGCUGUAAAGGGAAGCCGUACGCCGUGCUGCGGCCCUCCCACCAGACGCUGCCACCGUUGCCAAGCCGUCGCCUACUGCUCUCUCGCACACCAGGUUUCACACAAAAGUGUGCACAGAAGAGAGUGCGAGAGGUUGGAACAACAGAUAAAGCGCAUUGAUGUGCUGAAUAGUUUUCCUUUCACAUUCACUCCAGAAAUUAUUCAGGUGGAAGUGGAGACACGAUGUUCCUUUUUAACAGGGCACAAAAUUCAUUGUCUAGGAAUGUGGAUGUAUGAAUGUAGUUGUGGAGUCUCAGAUAUUACUUAUGAUAAUUCAAGGUUGAUCACUUGUUGGAAUCUUCCGAGCGAGUUAUGUCCUUGUAAAGGACCUUCGUCUUCAGUACCUAAAUGCCUAUGUAGUUGGAAAGAAUAUUAUGAAUGGCGGUGCAUUCCUCUUAAUAGUCCUGCAGCCUUACUUCUUCACUGGCCGCUUACUAUAUAUUGGGCGAUUCAGCUUGCAACUCGUGAAAGCUUGCUUCCUCAAAUCACUAAUGAGCUGCGGAUACAUUACUUAGGACCAGAAAAAGAACUUCAUCAACUGGCAGUUUUUGGAGAACUCCAAGCUCUUUUUCCUGGAGUAAAAAUCCACAUAGACCUUAUUGGACCUGCUAUUCCUCAAUUCAGUUUGCUUACUUCACUUGAUUCCAUCUGUCAUUCAUCCGAAUCAUUCCACAUUUGCAUGCUAGGGAUGUGUAACGAGAUGGACUGUGGGUGUAAACAUCCUGUUGAAUAUCAGAAAGAGAGGAUAAUAACAAGUUGCUGUUCAUACCCAGUUAAACUACAGCUUCAUGCAGGUUUUUAUCAUGACUGUUACGGAAAAUUACUGAAGGAUUCUUUGCCUCAUAUUAUCUUGGCUCCUAAUGCUGGUAUUGCCGCAUACACUAGCUGGGUACCAACUCUUGAAGUAAUAAAGCAGAUGCAUGUUCCUUUAGUUUUAUCCGAUUACUGUGAGGAAGCUUCUCAUCUGGCUGCUUCUUGUAUUAGCUCAACCACAGGCACUGCUCUGAAGAUUCAGAUUCAGAUAAAUCCAUUCAGGCAGCCUUUUCGAGUUGAAGAAAGUGCUUUAUGUCUUCCAUGCUAUUCCAAUUGCUUUGUCUUUGGGUUUUGAAAAUACCGUCUCAUAUAUGUCAUUUUGACUCUUGCAAUGAGAUGUUUGAACGAAGGAAAUAUGGCUUUUGAGUUGGAAGGGAGAUUAGGGACACUUAUCAACAAACUACAGCAAAAUGCAUGCAAAUAUGAAUGUAUUAUAUAUGCUCUCUAGCUAUGAUUUUCUCUUUAAAUUUUUCUAGCAUGUCUUGUGCUCACUUGAAUGCUGGAAGCCUUAACUUGUUAAUAAACCCUAGCUAAGAGUUUUUGUUUGCCCAGACAACUAGUGCAUCGGCUUACACUAACAUCUUAAAUGUGAUAGUAUUCAUUGUUAAUUUAUGAAUAGCAUUGAAAUGAGAUAUAAUGUAUGUA